AUGUUUGGCGCAGGACAAGGAAGUUACGGCAAAUCUGCUGGACAAGGUGGUGCAGCUGGCGCUGGACAAGGUGGUGCAGCUGGUGUUGGACAAGGUGGUGCAGCUGGUACUGGACAAAGUGGCGCAUCUGGUGCUGGUGUAGGCGGUGCAGUUGGUGCUGGGCAGCGCAGUUGCUAUCUCAUGCCUGGUGCAGGGCAGGGAGGUUACGGCGGAUCCUCUGGGCAAAGUGGCACAGCUAGUGCUGGUAUUGGCGGUGCAGCUGGAGCUGGGGAACGGAGCAGCUAUUUCAUGCUUGGCGCAGGGCAAGGAAGUUACGGCAAACCUGCUGGACAAGGUGGUGUAGCAAGUACUGGGCAAGGUGGUGCAGCUGGUGCUGGUGUAGGCGGUGCAGCUGGUGGUGGAGAGCGAAGCAGUUAUUUCAUGCUUGGCGCAGGGCAAGGAAGUUACGGCAAAUCUGCUGGACAAAGUGGUGUAGCGGGUACUGGGCAAGGUGGUGCAGCUGGUGCUGGGCAAGGUGGAGCAGCUGGUGCUGGGCAAGGUAGCGCAACUGGUGCUGGUGUAGGCGGUGCAGUUGGUGCUGGGCAGCGUAGUUGCUAUCUCAUGCCCGGUGUAGGACAGGGAGGUUAUGGCGGAUCCGCCGGACAAGGUGGAGCAGGUGUAGGGGGUGCAGCUGGUGGUGGAGAGCGGAGCAGCUAUUUCAUGCUUGGCCCAGGGCAAGAAGGCUACGGCAAAUCUGCUGGGCAGGGUGGUGCAGCUGGUGCUGGACAAGGUGGUGCAGCUAGUGCUGGACAAGGUGGUGCGGCUGGUGUUGGACAAGGCAGCGCAACUGGUGCUGGUGUAGGUGGUACAGUUGGUGCUGGGCAGCGUAGUUGCUAUCUCAUGCCUGGUGCAGGACAAGGAGGAUACGGCGGAUCCGCUGGACAAGGUGGAGCAGCUAGUGCUGGUGUAGGGAGUGCAGCUGGUGGUGGAGAGCGAAGCAGCUAUUUCAUGCUUGGCGCAGGGCAAGGAAGUUACGGCAAAUCUGCUGGACAAGGUGGUGCGGCUGGUGCUGGACAAAGUGGUAUAACUGGUCCAGGACAAGGUGGCGCAGCUGGUGCUGGUGUAGGCAGUGCAGUUGGUGCUGGACAGCGAAGUUGCUAUCUCAUGCCGGGUGCAGGACAGGGAAAUUAUAGCGCGGGCAGUUCGGGUAUCGGGUCAGGCGGUACUGGAAUUGCUGGAGGAGGCGAAAGGAGCAGCUACUUCAUGGCUGGUGCUGUCCCGGGAGGAAUGGGUGGUGGAAAAAGUUCUACAGGAGCAAGCGGUGCAGGUGCAGGGGAACGAAGCCAGUAUUUCAUGCCAGGUGCAGAACCGAGUUCUGGCACUCCUUCGAAGGGAGCAGCGGUUGGUGGUGCCCAAGGUCAAGCGAAAGGAACCAGUGGUGGAAAUGCAAAAUCGGCUGCUGCCGGUGGUUAUGAAGGAGGUUCAAAUACGCGCAGCAGCUAUUUUAUGCUCGGUCAGGGGCCGGGGGGCGCCGUCCAAAGUUCGAAGCCCGCUGCAGCUACCGGUAGUCCAGGCAUUUCUGCAGGACAAACUAGCGUUUAUUUCGCGCCAGGUGGCACACAGCCUGGGGGGGCAGGGGCAGCAAAAAGCUCAACACCUGCCGGCACCACGAGUGUUUAUUUGACACCAAGAAAACCUUAA